ACUCGUCACGUGACGGCAGUUAGCUUUGUAGCUUGGGGAGGCUGCAGUGAAGUUUGUUCUGCUGUGGUUCAUGUUGUUGUUUUGUUAGGUUUAGUCUGUGAUGCAGUAGUUUAAAAGGUCUUUGUCAGUUAACCGUUGACUGAAAGAUGGAGCGGUACGGGUCGGAUACGGAGGGGGACGAGCAGGAGACACCGCUGCUUCACCGAGGACACGAAGACAAAAUCCAGAGAGCCCCAGCAUGCUGUUCGUCACGCUAUGGCCUGGCGUUGCUCUCCUCUUUUGGCUUCUUUGUGGUCUACUCCUUGCGGGUGAACCUCAGUGUGGCCAUGGUGGACAUGCUUAACAACACCCAACAGUCCAACGCCAACCAGAGUAGGUCAGUGUGUCCUGCUCAUGCCAACCCUGCACGGCCCCAACUCAACCACACGGCCAGUGUGUACAACUGGGACUCUCAGACGCAGGGCUGGAUCUUGGGCUCCUUCUUCUAUGGCUACAUCCUGACACAGAUCCCUGGGGGCUACCUGGCCGGCCGCUGUGGACCCAAGUGGCUGAUGGGCUUUGGAAUCCUGGGAACUGUAGUUUUUACGCUGCUCACCCCCGUGGCUGCUGAUCUGGGUGCAAGCUACCUCAUCGCUGUCAGGGUGCUGGAAGGGAUAGGAGAGGGAGUUACAUUCCCUGCAAUGUACACCAUGUGGGCAGCUUGGGCCCCACCGCUGGAGAGGAGCCGACUGCUAACAAUUUCCUACAUUGGAGCCCAGCUGGGGACAGUAAUAGCUCUUCCUCUGUCUGGUGAAAUCUGCUUCUACCUGGGCUGGACCUACGUCUUCUAUGUGUUUGGUGCUGUUGGCUUAGUGUGGUUUGUCUUGUGGGCCCUUCUCGUCUUUGACAGUCCAAACACUCACCCACGGAUAUCAGAGCAGGAGAGACUCUACAUCACCACCUCACUCAAGAACGAGCUUUCCACCUCAUCAGGUUUCAUCCCCUGGCGCGCCAUAGUGACGUCUACUCCGCUGUGGGCCAUCGUCGUGGCUCACUUCUCCUACAACUGGACCUUCUACACCCUCCUCACCCUGCUGCCAACCUACAUGAAUAACAUCCUGGGAUUCAGCAUACAGCAGAAUGGUAUUCUGUCAGCUCUUCCUUACAUGGGUUGCGCUGUGUUGGCUGUGCUGAGUGGGCAGCUUGCAGAUUACCUGCGGGAAACCUGCAACUACCGCACCGUCACUGUCAGGAAGUCCUUCUCCAUCGUUGGUAUGAUCGGACCAGCAGUGUUCCUGGUAGCAGCCGGAUAUAUAGGCUGUAACUACACCUUGGCUGUGGCCUUCCUUACCAUCUCCUCCUCUCUGGGCGGAGUGUCGGCCUCUGGCUUCAACAUCAACCACCUUGACAUCGCUCCUUCGUAUGCUGGUAUUCUCCUGGGAAUCACCAACACCUUUGCCACCAUUCCUGGCAUGGUGGGACCAGUCAUAGCAAGAGAACUCACCAAAUAUAACACCAUAGAAGAAUGGCAGACUGUUUUCUACAUCGCUGCUGCCAUCAACCUGUGUGGAGCGGCUUUCUACACUAUUUUUGGCAGAGGAACGGUGCAGCCCUGGGCUGUCCACACGUCCUACUCUCAUGGAGACUGAUGUAGAAGACUAGAACCUCAUCCAUUUGAUGAUUCAGAUUUGUCCGAUAGUCACGUCUCAACCAUGGUCUUACUUAACGGGUACCUUCAGCGAGAGAUGUCCCAGCUGUGCUGAUGAUUCUCAGCCAUAUUACCCUCUAGGAUGUUCUUUACAAUGAACAAAUAUAAGUUUUAUUGAAGAGAAUGUUCCUUAGAGGCAAAAAUAAUCAUUGAGCAGAGCAAACAAUCACAGUAUGCAUCUCAUCUCCAAGCAGUGUCAGAGGAUGCCGUUAUUAUAAAGUCAAGCGCUCUGUCAACAACUCAAAAAAGAGAAUGUAGCCAGUUAGUUAGCUACAGGCUAGUAUGGCUAAUUUCAAUGUGAAAGGGCAGCUAAACUAAGUUAGUUACAGGCUAUCAAAGCCUUGUUGAUUGUCUAGCAUUAUGAAUACCAUGGUAAAUAAGCUAUGAAAGUCAAAUUAUCCCAACAUAGUUCAUUUUUGGUGUUCUGGUUUGCCAACUAGCCAACUUGCUAGGCUGAAUUGUUAUUUCUGCCUCCCGAGCACUUUUGUUGUUUUGUUUUUUUAUGCUACAACUCCACAGUAAACCCUCGAGUUGCAUUGCCAUUAAGAAGGACGUUUUCUUUUACUUGUCUAUGUAAAGUUUGGGACAACACAAAAUGUGCUACUUUGCAUAACUAAGUGCCAUUAAGUGUUUUAAUGGUUUGCCCCCAAAACAACAUGUCAUCCCAAACUAGACACACACAUUUGAUAACGUCUUUUUUUCAGAGAACAUUGUGACAGCACAAUGCGCACAAACACUUGUUUGGGAAAAUGCCUUAUAGUGAAGCCUCCUUAAAAAUAUCUGAAAACUCUUUGUCUUUCAUGUGACUGCAAAUGGAUUAAUUUUAUGUAUGUACUUGUUAUAUGCUGCAGGUAAGGGAUUUAAUGUGUACAGCAAAUAUGUAUUGUCUUUUCAGGUUAUGUCCACCAGAUACCUCUUAUUUUAAGUAGCAGCCUAUAGUAGCAACUAAUACAUAUGGAAAGCAUGGGUCAUAAUAUUUUCAAUCUGUAACACUAAGAGGAUGCUAAGAUGCUGGUACCUUUUGUAAUGAAGGGAAAGAAAAAAGUGCUUUAAAGAGGUUCCUGGUGGACACAGUGGUAUGUUAUUCACAAGAUUUGCACUUUCUGUGUUAAUUCUCAGGUAUCUUAUGUUUCACAAGGUUUGAAAAGGAUGUUUUACCACAGCGAGGUAUGCCUCCACAAUGUUUAAGUGUCAAUUUCAUUAGAUCCCACUUUUAAAUGGCAUGAUCAACAAUUGCAUAUAUGCAGUAGCCACCAUGGCUGGUGGUAAUAUUUAGUCUGAUAUUUAGUCUGUUUUUCCUUAAAAGGUUGCAGUCUAUCAGGUUACAUGUAUAUCAUACAUACCUUGUCACUUUAUACGUGACUAUAGCGUGGUAAAUCAUAACUAAGCCACAAGGAAAACAUUUUGUUCUCAUGUCUAUGAAGAUUCUCAGUCAUCCAGGUCAUAGUUAU